AUGGCCCAUCCGGGCCUUCGCGCCGCGCGCGCCUACUAUUCCCCAAAAAGGGACAGUUCCAACUCCAGCAUCAAUCUCCAGCAGCGCCCAUGCACGCCCCAAAGGGAUCCCAGGGGCGAGCCGACGGCGGCUGGACAAAAUUCCGAAUCUCCAACCGCUGACAGCGGCGCCUGGUCUUUCUUGAACGAGAUGCAAUACUCCCCCGGAGGGCUGACCCCGGCGGUCGAUCUGUCACUAGGGCUGCAGCUGCCGCGGCCGACCAGCGACGCAGGCGUGGCGGGCACGUCGAGCUCGGGCUUACAGCAGCUGCUGGUUGAACCCGGGGCCGGGCCGCUGCCGCUGUAUGACCACCCGUCGUCCCCGAUCGGCGGUGGAGAAUAUGCGCGGUCGAGUUUCCUACCAGAAGCGGCCGAGGCGACGCCGUGCACGUGUAUGGGUACGAUGUUGGAACUGCUCGAAAUAAUUUGGGCUUGUAUAGGCGGGCGGGAGGAGGAAGCGACCGAAAACCUUUUCAAAUGCUUGGAUAGGAGCGGGGAGCGCUGUCGCGAACUACUGCGGUGUUCAAACUGCUGUAUAUUGGCGCGGAACCCGAGCGUGGUGGCCAUGCUGAGCCGCCAGUUGCUCGCCGUGGCCAAUGAGUUGUCGCACCGCCUGGUUGGGUACGACCAACUGGGGCUGCACCCAGCCGCCCCCACGUUCCAGUGGGGCGAUUAUACCGUCCAGGACCCUGAGAUAAACGAACGUCUUAGGGAGGGAAAUCUUCUGUUUGAUAAACGAUCGGUGCAGUUGCCCAUGUAA